GUGCUCUCCGGUUAGGGCCGAGGGACGAAAGAUGGCGGCGACGUCGCUGUUCUUUCAGCUGCUAUGGCCUCUGCUCCUGGGGCCGCUGUUGUCCGACUUGCCGGCCUGCGUCGUCGGGAGCUUGAACCUGGAGGAGCUGAAUGAGAUGCGGUACGGCAUCGAGAUCCUGCCGCGGCCUGUCAUCGGGGGUCAGAGCCAGUCUUCAGAGGUCAUGGUUGUCUCCUCCAAGUACAAACAACGAUAUGAAUGCCGUUUACCAGCUGGAGCCAUUCACUUCCAGCGGGAGCAUGAGGAGGAGGCCCCUCCUUAUAAAGGGCCUGGAGUCCCUGAGUUGCUGAACCCAAUGAGAGAUGCACCCUGCUUAGUGAAAACCAAGGACUGGUGGACAUAUGAAUUUUGUUAUGGACGCCACAUACAACAAUACCACAUGGAAGAUUCAGAGAUCAAAGGUUCUGUUCUCUAUCUUGGAUAUUAUCAAUCUUCCUUCAACUGGGAUGAUGAGACUGCCAAGGCCUCCAAGCAACACCGUCUGAAACGCUACCACAGUCAGAACUAUGGAAAUGGCUCCAAGUGUGACCUGAAUGGGCGACCCAGAGAGACUGAAGUCCGGUUUCUGUGUGAUGAAGGUUCAGAUGCUUCAGGUGACUACAUUGAUCGGGUAGACGAGCCUCAGUCAUGUUCUUAUGUGCUCACUAUUCGGACCCCUCGACUCUGCUCGCAUCCUCUUCUUCGGCCUCCUCCAAGUGCUGCUCCCCAGGCCAUCCGAUGCCACCCUACCUUACAGCCAGAGCAGUAUGGAGCAUAUAUCCAGGGACAAGUGUUAGAUGCAAAGCAUAAAAUUGAAGAAAUCUCUGAGAAGCUUCACAACCCAGACCUUGAAAUGUGGAGUGAGACAAAGUUUGGGGUCCUCAAUACAAAGGGAACAGGUGUGACCCCACCCAAGGGUGACCCCAGUGAAUCAGAUAUCUGGAACAAGCCCCCUCAGACUGAAGAACAAGCCCCCCAAAAGCAAGAGGCUCAGGCUGAGGAGCAGGACCCCAACCUGGAGAAGGAAGGUCCAGCACCAGAUCCUGUAGAUGGUUUCCACGACAAUGUGCAGGUCAAAGUCAUUCGGAAUCCAGGAGACUUGGUUCGAUUCAUUGAAGAACUGAAAGGUGGGACAAAAAAGGGGAAACUAAACCCAGUCCAGGAAGGAGAUGCGGAGACCACUAUGGAAAACACCCAGGAGGGGCCAGAGGUCAAAGCUGAUGGUGGUGAAGAAGAGAGGAGUGAGGAGGAAGAAGAGGAUGAAGAAGAACGACUCUUGGGGGAAUUUGAAAAGGAGCUAGAAGGAAUGCUGCUACCUUCAGACCGAGGCCGACUUCGGUUUGAGGUGAAGACUGGGAUGGAGAAGGAGCUGGAUAACAUUAUCCAGGAGGCAGAAUCGGAGCUGGACCCAGAAGAGCCGAGGAGUGCAACAGAGCGUAGCCAAGCCUCCCAGGCCUUGGCAUCCACUCUUAAUAAGCUCAUUCAGAGGAUGGAUGGAAGGCAGGGAGCUGACCAGGGGGAGGGACCCGUGGAUGGUGGUACUACCCCUCCAACUAGCCCUCCCCCGCCUCAGUCCACAGAUGAGGAAACUGAGCGCCGGGUCAGAGUUCGGGUCACCAGACUCCGUGCUGGAGGCCCAAAUCAGGAUCUGUCUGUCUUUGAGAUGAAGAGGGAAAAUCCACAAGUGAAACAUAUAGAGGGACUGGUGAAGGACCUGCUUGAGAGGGAGGGGCUCACAGCUGAAGGUAAAGUUGAGAUCAAGAUUGUUCGUCCAGGAGCUGGAGAGACUGAGGAGGAGGAUGGACAUUGGCUGUCUGAUGAGGACACCAAGAACCUGAAGGAGAUUUUCUUCAAUAUCCUGAUCCAGGGAGCAGAGGAGGCCCAGAAAGAGCGACAAAGACAGCGUCAGUUGGAGAGUAAUUACCGACGAGUAUGGGGGCCCCAAGGGGAGGAGGGAACUGGGGACCACGAGGAGUUUGACUUCUGAGAUGCCUUCUCCCCACAGUCACUCUGAAGAGUCCUUCUGAACCUCUCUAACCUGUCACCUGCACCGAACCCCCAUUUUAGUGUCCCCAGAAAUGGAACAACAGACUGGAGCCGAGCUGUGGAGUCCAGGGGACUCGGGAGGGGUUCUUUCAUCGGGGGUAUUGGGGCUGGGUGGGAUUUAGCAUGCUAUUGUUACAAGAUGUUUGUAACGAUAUAGGGUUCCCCUCAAGAUUAGUGUAGCCUUCUCCCUCUCCUGUAAUUUCCCAACUUUAGCUCUUUCCCCUAAAUCUCCACUUAUCCUUUUCUAGCUCUUUAUCUCACUCUCUACCCUGACGUACUGUGGCCUAUUAAAAAAAAAUUACAGGGGAUAUUAAGGCAGGGUGGAAAGUAGUGACCAUUAAUAGGGCUUGAAUUGCCCUGAUUGCUCUAUCCUGGGGUGUUACUCAUUUGCAAAUAUUCCCAGUAGUAUGCCUGUCCCACUCCUCCUUCCCUUAGAGAGUUUCCCACCUCCUACUAUUUGGAGUUAUUUUGCUCCCAUGCUUAGAAUGGGAUGAUGUCUAAUUGGAAUUCUCCCAGUAAUUUCUCCUGCUUAUGAUUUGGAGGGUGAGGGUGAGAGGCAACUUCCUCCUCUGGUUGUGAUGCCAUAGGAGAUGGGAGAGGCCUUCACCACUAGGAACUGGGGUUUCCCUGUCCCCUCUUUUUGAAUAAUCAGGUUUCUUAAUAAAGUGAACUGGACCCUGAAACUGUCUGUCUAUUAGAGGUAGGCUUUCUUUACUCAUCACACUUUGCCUAGAGAAGGGCGUUUCCUGUCCAGAGGAAAGGAAGGAACCCCUUUUCUCACCUCUACCUUGCUCAGCUUCUUGCUUGGGGAUACAUUCUUCCGAUUCUGCUCUCAUUCGACUUUCAAACUACUACACUUGUUCAGGGUGGGGGGAGUGACAUGGACACAACUAUUCAUGGCAGAAAGCAGUUAGGCCUAAGCAAGGCUCAGACACUUUCUGCUUUAUCUUCUUUUUUUUACCUGUCCCUAUUGUGGCUGUUCUCAACUCCUGCUUCCUUGGCACUGGUUUUUCCUCUCCUUCCACCUUGUGUCUAAAAUCUGAAACCGGGGUAGUUAGUGUUUGCAGUGUAGAUAACCAGCCUUAGAAAGGGAUUUCCCUCCCAUUCCUAAUUUUUUAAGGUUAUCUUUUCCUCCCCCCCCCAACACAACCUAAGCCCACCAAGGGAAUCUGCUCCUGUCCUCUCCAUCCUUCUGUCUUCCUUGCACACCUGAUGUUUUCUUCUUGUGGGAGGAAAUUAGGUUGUUAUUAUCACCAUAAAGCAUUGGGAUAUUUUAAAAUUUUGGAAUAUAUGAUUCUAAGAAAAUUACUAGGAUUGGAAGGUAGGGAAGGAGGAGUCAAUCUUCAGCAACAGAGCUAAUAGCCUGGCAGAGAUUGAUAUGAAAUGUUCAUUGGACCCAUCUGCUGUCAGUCUUUCCAGCCAAUUGGAACUUCGUAGGAGGUGCCAGAAGGAGCCAAUUAUGAUGCUUGAAAAGAUAGUUCUGAACACUUUGGGAGAGAACCAUGAUAAGGGCUAGUUUUGAAGGCUUUGAAAAGAUGAAGUUCGAGAGCUACAUGAGAUGGGCCUUUGAUAGACUGAGAUAGUAGCUAGGGGACCAUGAAUUGUUUCACCUAAAGGGGUGAGACUUUAGGGAGAUCCAGGAAAAAUAUAUUCAGCUGAUUGAAGGAUAGGGCACAAAGAGAGGUCGAAGGUGACAGUAAAGCCAGGGUUAGAAAGGAUUAAAAUGAAAAGUAUCCCUAUAACUUUGGGAAGUGAUGGUUCCAUAUCUGACAUGUUGCUUCAAUUUAUUUCUUGCCUUAAUUAUCUUGUAAAGCUCUUUAACCCUGACUUUGUACUGGUUGAACGGAAGUCAUACUUGCAAACAGCUGACCCCAAGGGUAGGAGAAACCUUCAGAUUUCCUUGGGAGUCAGGUGUGAGCUGGUGGCAGCAAGAGAGAGAGAAGGAAGAAACCCUGGGGAAGGGGCUUUGGGAUUCAGCUGCAGAAAUCAUACUCAUCCUCCCAGGAGCCAGUGGUGGAAUGCAAAACCUCUGAGCCUGCUUCACAUGAGUGGGUCUGGUAUUGAAGGCAUGUCACGGACAGACCACUGGGACAGGUGAUGCAAACUGAGAUUCUCGUCACAAGGAAGUGAAGGCUCAUGAAGAGCAGGUGUGUUAUCCCAGAGAGUCUCUGAGCUUGAAGGAGGCUGCUACCGUAACAAAUAUAUUAGAUACCUGUGGAUGGUUGGCUAUUCACCACCAUUUUUUCAAUCAAAAGUUGCAACUGCAAACUGUUUUCAGAAUUUUUUUUUUCUUUUGGAAGGAGUGUUGAUUUUUUUCCCCCCAGGAGCUGCUUGCAGAAAGCAGGAACCUUAUAAACCCUGCUUGCUUCAAUUCAUUGAACUACACCUUCAGUUAAAGAAUUAUGAAGACAGAGAAGACUCAGACUAGAUAUGUUAACCAAAACCACUUCUACAGUUGGAAAAUAGCUGUAAAUGGGAAAGAAUUGUUCUCUCUUUUUGUAAAUUUUGGAAGGGGGAGUUGUUAAAAAAAAAUGCCCUUUUUGGAUUGGAAA